CCCAGAGCAGAAACCAAAAUCACCCCGUGUUCAAGUUUGAUCAAUUGACAACCACGGUCUGUGAUUUCAGAACCUUGGACAACUCCUCCGGGAAGGCACGCUGGGCUUGAUUGUCUCCAAAAAGCGCAUCAUCAUGUCACCAAAGAACGGAAUGCAACUCGUCUUUCUAACAGCAUUUUGUUGUGUGCUUUUCUACCGGACGACUUGUCUUCCGGCCGUUGCUACAUAUUUAUCCAGAUCUCGAACAGUUGAUGCAGAUGGUGAUGGAGACUGGAACGAGAGUCCCUCAGUACACAACAUGGAGGACCUAAAACUUAUUUACGGCAUAACAAAUAUUGCAAGACCAGCAAGGCACGCAGAUGGGCUUUUCACAAGUGGAUACAGCAAACUUUUAGGGCAGCUUUCAGCUAAAGACUACCUUGAAUCAUUGAUUGCAAAACGAUUAAGUAUGGACCUCACUGAAGAACAAUUGCCGGUGAAGCGCCACUCCGACGCAGUUUUUACCGACAACUACAGCCGCUUUCGAAAAGAGAUGGCUGUAAAGAAAUACUUAAAUUCUGUUCUGUCAGGGAAGAGGAGUUCGGAAGAUCCCUCCUUGUCAGAGGUAUCCAUUCAGAAUGAGCCAUCUUCACAACAAACUGGUGAUGAGAUCUCAAUAGAUGAGUUGCUCAAUCAUCUCCCUCUGGUAGGUCCAUAAAGUUAAAGGGUAAGAUUACAAUAAGGAUCUUACAUUUUGUUGUUUUGUGUUAUGACAAAAGCUUUUUCAGACUUUCUGAGAUGUCUGAAGUGGGAACAAUGCCAAAACCAGCCAAUAUUAAACUGUAAUUGUUGUAUACUAUUCCAUAUACUACUAUAUACAUGUCAUGAAGCAGCUACAGCGUUGACAAAUUUAACUAAAUGACCAUAAUCCACUGUCAGCUUGAAUUGAUGAGUACUAUAGGCUAAAACAAUAAAGUAAUUUGACCAGCAAACCUUCCAUAUUCUAAUAUUGUAUUUAUGUAGCUCUUCCAACAGUAUGAUUGCUUGUUUGUUUAUUUAUUUAUGUAUGUCAACAUAUUUCACCUUUUCACAGUGAUUGCUACAUCCACAUGUUGUAUUUCCAUCUUGAUAACUUCUAUGAGAAAAAAUGUCUGUCUUUAGUGCUGCUGAUGGUAAUGAAAUGGCUAAUAAACAAAAUGACA